UUGGAGCGUCCUGGCCUCUGAGACUUGGUGCCCUUCGCCUACGUGGCUGACACGGAUUCCUGCUGCAGCACGAGGCCCACUCGGGGCUCCCAGCUCAGCCAUGCUGGCCUGUCUGCAGAGGGCGCAGAACCCACCCGGCCAGCACCUGGUCUGCCCAAGCAAGAGCCUGGAGCUGCGCAAAUUUGGUGGCUCAUUGGAUACUCAAGAUAAACUCCGAAUGAAAGCAUGCUGCAGAGGACAAAUGAGUUUUCACACCACAAUGGCAGAGACUUGCUUGGAAAGAGAGUUUAAGGGGAACGAAAAUACACACGGAUAUCAUUUUUUUCCCCUCCCGGCAGCUGCUUUUGCUGAGUCUGGUGAGUCAGUGGCCAGCUCUAUGCAUUCCGCCCGCUACCCGAGCCCAGCCGAGCUGGACGCCUAUGCUGAGAAGGUGGCCAACAGCCCACUGUCCAUCAAGAUCUUCCCCACCAACAUCCGAGUGCCGCAGCACAAGCACCUGGGGCGCACGGUCAACGGCUACGACACCAGCGGCCAGCGCUACAGCCCCUACCCUCAGCACAGCACCGGCUACCAGGGCCUGCUGGCCAUCGUCAAGGCCGCGGUCUCCUCCAGUGCGGCCACACCCGCCGGGCCCACCAAAAGCGUGCUCAAGAGUGUGGAGGGCAAGCGGACUAAGCUGUCACCUGCCACCGUGCAAGUGGGCAUCGCACCCUACCCGGUGCCCAGCACCCUGGGGCCCUUGGUCUACCCGAAGCCACCCGAGGCACCUGCCCCACCGCCCAGCCUGCCUGCAGCAGCCACUGCCACCUCUGUGAUCCCUCUGCCGGGUCGGGGCCUGCCCCUGCCACCCUCCAACCUACCCUCUAUCCACAGCAUCCUCUACCAACUCAACCAGCAGUGCCAGGUCCCUGGCGCUGCACCAAGCGCCUGCCAGGGCGUGGCUGUGCCCCACCCCAGUCCAGCCAAGCAUGGCCCGGUGCCUAGCUUUCCGAGCAUGGCUUACUCGGCCACUGCCGGUCUGCCAGACUGCCGGAAAGGCACAGAACUGAGCCAGGGAGCCACACCAGCCCUGACACUGGCUGGGGCCGCCAAACCUGCAGGGUAUGCGGAAGGCGGCCUGGAUUACCUGCUGUGGCCGCAGAAGCCACCCCCGCCCCCGCCCCAGCCACUUCGAGCCUACGGUAGCAGCACUGUAGCCAGCAAGUCCCCUGAGACUUGUGGCGGGCGGGCGUUUGAGCGAGCCAACGGGUCCCCCCACAACUGCGGCGUGGGGCUGCCCGCCAGCUUCACCGUGGGCCAGUACUUCGCUGCCCCCUGGAACAGUGUUCUGGUGACACCAACCAGCGACUGCUACAAUCCAGCAGCGGCUGCCGCAGUAGUGACAGAGCUGGGGCCCGGGGCCGCCCGGGAGCUAACCGGGCCUCCUGCAGACACUCUCUCAGGCCUGACCAGCAAGAGCGUGUGCAACACGGCGGUGCUGAGCAGCAGCCUACAGUCGCUGGAGUAUCUCAUCAACGACAUCCGGCCGCCCUGCAUCAAGGAACAGAUGCUGGGCAAGGGCUACGAGACGGUGGCCGUGCCCCGGCUGCUGGACCACCAGCAUGCCCACAUCCGCCUACCUGUCUACAGAUAAGGUCUGCCCUGCGGGCACAUGGACAGAUGGACAGGGUGCUGGGGGUCGGCAGGCCACGGCACAGGGCAGGAAGCCAGCGGGGCACCCCACCUGCCCCGUGGCCAUGUGUCCACAGGGAGGCCAGGCUGGUUACCUCCUCACUGCUAUGGGCAGGCAGGCUGACCUCACACCAGGGCUUCUCCCACACACACUUGUUGCCCCAGGAAGUAGGGAGGGGCCAGGGCUGCCCACAAGGCCCAUCCUUCAUCUAGGCAGGGAGGGAGGACCUUCUACAAACAGGAAGUUCCUUCUGGGUCUCCAGCAGAGGGGUGCUCUAGUCAGCACUGGGUCUCUACCCACAAUCCCCUGGUCUCUCAGACAAGGAGCCAAAGGGGAUCUGUAGCAAGUCCCUGGGUCCAAGUGCCCCGCCCCCACCAACUAAUCCAGGUGAAGACCACCCUGACUCCAUACUCAGAGAGAGGCCUCAGGACUACCAGCCCCUGUUCCUCGUGACCCUCCCCGACCCACCCUUCCUGCUAGGAAUCGUGCCCCAGCCCUACCCUGUCCACCCUGGACCGACCUUUUCUCCGUUCCCCCCAACACAUCUUACAGGGCUGCCGGGAACAAUUGGUGCAUUGCACAGGGCACCUUGCCGAGACGCCACUUGCAUCUAGACUUGUAUAGUUAUUGCGAUGGUCUGCAUUUCAAGGAAGGGGACACCAUUUUCCUGUUCGCACAAAGAUGUCACAGGGGGCUGACAAGGAGCCUGUAAACUCAGGUUCCACUCACAAGGACGAUCUUGCCUUCUUCCUGUGUGGGGUCUCCUGGGGACCAGGGAGAGGGUGAUCCGCUGGCUGUAACUGGAAUACCCAGUCCAGCCCCUUUUCUGCACUCCCCCCCCCCCCGCCCCCCCGGGCCUGGCCUGCACCGCUGUGGGGGGUCGGUAAGCCCAGGAAGUCCUCAAGGCCUGCAGUCCCCUGGCCUAGGCCCCAGGCGCUCCAGCCGUGGUACUGUACCAAGGCCUGUCUGAGCACUAAGUGCAUUUACAAAUCUCUGAGAAUGUUUUUUUUUUAUACUAAAAUUGACCAUUAUAUUCUACUGUGAGAAGUGCAGUCUGCACUAUAUUGUUUUAAAAACGAAGAGAAAGAGAAAAAAAAAUGGAAAACGGAUGGCGUCUCAGCUGUGGGUUUGCUGUGAAACUUUUCACUCCUGCUGGCUCCCCCCUCAGGGCUACACAGAAGGGCACCCAGGGAGCCUGGCGGGGGUGGGGUGGCAUAUAGGUCAUUCCACACCCAAAUCACUACAAGGCUCUUGAAGCUGGAUGCUGUCCCAUGUCCUACCUGCCACCUCAGGCUGGUGACCAGUGGUCCAUCCACAGGAGCAAAUUCAGAAUCAAACCCGAGCCUGUAGCCAGUGCUGGGUGGCUCUGAAAAUCCCCCAUGGGAAGUCGUGCCCUAGCCCCUUUCUGCUUGGUGGCAGUGUAGCCGGGAACAGGCUAGCCCAGACCACAGUAGGUCAGACACCUGGCACACGCCCAUACCCUGUCAGUCCUGUCCUUGGAGCUCAUCAUUCACCAGGGACCAGUUGUGUCUUGCUGGAGACAACAUCCUUGCAAGGUGAGAAGUCUGCCUGAGGUCAUGCUGCUGUGGGCCAAGGGUGCCCCAAGUGGCUAGAGAGAUGGCUCAGAGGUUAAGAGCACUAGCAGCCCUUUCAGAGGAUCUGGGUUUGAGUCCUGCAUCCAUACAGCGACUCACAACUACCUGUUAUUCUGGCUGUGAAAGUUUGCUCACAUCCCAUCGGUCAACACACAUCACGUGGUCAAUCCCAGGUAUUGGAGAUUGUACUCAGCUCACAGCAGGACGAAGCAAAGUUUAACUGCAAAGGGCUUGGACAAGAAGUGGGGCACACACACCUGUCAUACCCGCACUUGGGGAGUGGAGACAGGAUUGAGAGAUCGAGGCCAGCCUGGGACACGGGGCAGAAAUAAAACAUACAAAUAAAGGGCUGUGGUGCAGCCUAGCACAUGUGCCACCUUCCUGGGGUGGGGGAGGUAACUGGUCUCCCUUCCCAGCCCCGCCUUCAGGGAAAAGUAACUCUAGCUAAAAAACUCAGGUUUGACCAAUGAGAGAGCUCUCUGCUUCUCCGCUCUCAGAGACUGGCUCAGGGGUGGGCACAUAGCCUGAGCUGGCCC